AUGACAGAAACAUCAAUUGAAUCCAACGUUAAAAUAGAUUUAUCAAAAUCUAGAUAUGAUCAAUCUACAUACAUUGGGCGUGUAAAGCAUUUUUUAGAUGUUACUGAUCCCAGGUAUUUUUUAAAAACAGCAAAAAGCUUAAUUAAUGAUUAUAAUUCUGGUAAAAUACAAGACAUAGAUCCAGAAAAAUUAUGGAAAGCAAAAAAAACAUUAGAUUCUACAAUUCAUCCAGAUACUGGUGAACCUAUUUUUCUUCCAUUUAGAAUGUCAUGUUUUGUACCAACAAAUCUUGUUGUUGUAGCUGGUAUGCUAAUGCCCAAUCCAAGUAUGAAAAGCCUUAUAUUUUGGCAAUGGGCAAAUCAAAGUAUCAAUGUGGCAAUAAAUUAUUCAAACGCUAAUAAAACAACUCCAUUGAGUUUUAAAGAAACUGCAAUUGCAUAUACUUCAGCUGUGACUACUUCAUGUGUUCUUGCUGUGGGACUUACACAAGCUGUACCUAGGAUGAGGUUUUUGAAGCCUUCAGUUCGUGGGCUUUUAUCUAGAUUGGUACCUUUUUUUGCUGUAGCAAGUGCUGGUACUGUAAAUGUCUAUCUAAUGAGAUUAAAAGAAAUCAGGAAUGGAAUAGAUGUUUAUGAUGCUAAUGGAAAUAAUUUGGGCAAAUCACAAAAAGCAGGUGCAUCAGCUGUUGGUCAGGUUGCAAUUUCUCGUAUUUUAACAAAUUCUCCUGUUCUUACAAUACCACCAAUUGUUCUUUCACAACUUGAAAAAACAUCAUUUUUAAAACACUAUCCAAGAUUAUUGACUCCUAUUAAUUUUGGGCUCAUAACCAUUUCUUUGAUGACUGCUCUACCUUUAGCAAUUGCAGCAUUUCCUCAAUAUGCUUCAAUAGAUCCGAUGAAACUGGAAACCAAAUUUUGGGAAUUAAAAGAUGAAAAUGGAAAUGUUAUAAAAAGAGUAUUUUAUAAUAAAGGAUUAUGA